UCGGUGGGCUGCUCUAAUCUGCUACUUAGCAUGGCUGGCUGCUUGAGUUUUGUGUCAAACGACAGCACAGCAACAAAGCCAGAGGGGAAAUGCUGUGCUGGUUUGAAGACGGUGUUGAGCACUAAAGCUGAGUGCCUCUGUGAGGCCUUCAAGAGUAGUGUUCAAUAUGGUAUCGUUUUGAAUGUCACGAAGGCUCUGUCUCUCCCUUCUGUCUGCAAAAUCCACGCUCCUCCUGCCUCUAACUGCGGAUUGUCCAUUAGUCCCUCUGGUGCCCCUGCCCCUGGAGGAUCUGCGCCUGGACCAGCUGUGAAUGGUGGAGGAAAUGAGCAAGCACCAGCUCCAUCUCCAGGUCAUUCCGGUUCUACUGGGUUUUCCAUCUCUGUUGGAUCACUAAUCAUUGGAUUUGUCGUUGCAUCUUUCUCUAGUUUCUGAAUGAGUUUUGUUCUCUUUUGUGAUGAUUAAGAGAGUAUGUCUCACGAGGGAGCUAAUUUGUUGUCUUGAGCAGAAACACAUUUGUUUUAAAAGUUACUGAGACUGGUUUUGUGAUGGGGAUGUCUUUUUGAGAUAUAAGCUCUUGUUUAUCUCUA